UAAAAGGACAAGAGAAACGUCAUUGGAUCAGUACAGAAGUAAAUCAUGGCCAAGCUGAUCCUCCUCACCGGUCUGGCACUUUUGCUGAAUGCUCAGCUGGGUUCUGCCUAUCUGCUGACAUGCUACUUCACCAACUGGGCCCAGUACAGACCAGGCCUUGGGCGCUUCAUGCCUGAUAACAUCGACCCAUGCCUCUGUACUCACCUGAUCUAUGCCUUUGCGGGCAUGAAGAACAAUCAGAUCACUACCAUUGAAUGGAACGACCUGACUCUCUACAAAUCCUUCAACGGUUUGAAAAACCAGAACGGACAACUGAAGACCCUCUUGGCUAUCGGAGGAUGGAAUUUUGGAACAGCUCCAUUUACUGCGAUGGUUUCCACUCCCGAGACUCGCCAGACCUUCAUCAGCUCCGUCAUCACAUUCCUGCGCCAGUAUGAAUUCGAUGGGAUAGACUUUGACUGGGAAUACCCUGGCUCCAGAGGCAGCACAGCUCAGGAUAAGAGCCUCUUCACCGUCCUUGUUCAGGAAAUGCUGGAAGCCUUCGAGCAGGAAGCCAAGCAGGUUAACAAACCCAGGCUCCUGGUCACCGCUGCUGUGGCUGCAGGGCUCUCUAACAUUGAGUCAGGCUACCAGAUUCCUCAGCUCGGCCAGUAUCUGGACUAUUUCCAUGUGAUGACCUACGACUUCCACGGCUCUUGGGAGGGGUACACUGGAGAGAACAGCCCCCUGUUUCAAGGCCCCGCUGACACUGGCAGCAAUAUCUAUCUCAAUAUUGAAUAUGCCAUGAAUUACUGGAAGAACAACGGUGCCCCAGCUGAAAAGCUCAUUGUUGGAUUCCCAGCCUAUGGACACACCUUCAUCCUGAGCAACCCAUCCAACACUGCUGUCGGUGCUCCAGCCUCAGGACCCGGGCCUGCUGGACCUUACACAAAACAGUCUGGGUUCUGGGCUUACUAUGAGAUCUGCACUUUCCUGAAUAAUGGAGCCACUCAAGCAUGGGAUACCCCUCAGGAUGUCCCCUAUGCAUACCAAAGCACUGAGUGGGUAGGAUAUGACAACAUCAAGAGCUUCAACCUCAAGGCUCAGUGGUUAAUGAAGAACAACUUUGGUGGUGCUAUGGUGUGGACAAUUGACCUGGAUGACUUCACUGGCACGUUCUGCAACCAGGGCAAAUUCCCCUUGAUCAACACCCUGAAGAACGUUCUUGGACUGCAGAGCACUAGCUGCACUGCUCCUGCUCAGCCCAUGGCUCCAAUCACAGAGGCUCCCAGUAGCGGAGGAAGUGGCAGUGGAAGCUCCGGUAGCGGCAGCAGCUCCGGUGGCAGUGGGUUCUGUGCUGGCAAAGCCAAUGGCCUCUACCCUGUUGCCAACAACAGGAAUGCUUUCUGGCACUGUCUGAACGGCAUCACUUAUGAGCAGUACUGCCAAACCGGCCUGGUCUUUGAUACGAGCUGCAGCUGCUGCAACUGGGCAUAAACCAGGAUCUCCAAGCAGAUGAACUCGAUCCAAAUUCCCUAUUGCUUUAUGCAUAUCCCCGAAGCCCCAAAAUUCUGAAAUAAAAGCCGGUAGCAUAA